AUGCCAGCCGUCGGGCUGGCUCAAAGCAUCCUGCUUCUGGUCGACUUUUCCAUCAGGGUCCUGCAGAAGCAGAACAGCAUCUACCAGCCCGCCGAUUCGGACUCGACGCCCGUCGUCGAAAAUGCACAGGUCCUGCAGCGCAUCGUCGACAACUUGUUCCGCCUCACGGACGUAAUCGAGCUCUCUGAUUUGCGGAAACUGGGCGAGGGCAGUAAGAGCAAACUCAGCGAGCCGGCGCAGCAGCUCCUCAAGAUCAGCGAGGAGGCCAGGGAGCUGACGAAUCCGUUGAUUGAGGCCCUCUUGCAGACGCAGGCGAAAGGCAGCUUUGGCGAUCCGCGAUGGGGCACCGCGCGUGAGGCGCUGUGCGCGUCCGGAGUGUGGAAGGAGCGGGAUGUCACGGGUUUGAAGAAGAAACUCCGUGUUGUGAGGAGGGAAGUCGACGUUGCGCUUCUGCUGGCGCUGAGACAGUAUCUCGACCAGUCUGCUGAGACAGGUCUCCCUGUGUUCAGCGAGACAGGGCCGCACACGCCGCACUGGGAGAAGUGGCAGAAUGAAGCCCUGGACGCGGUGCAUAUUAACGAGUGGAAACCCAAGAGCAAGAAGAAUGUCGAGGAGUUCUCGAAGCAGGUCGAUUCCUUGAUUCAGGCAGCCAACGAAGCGCAUUUCUGUGAUGAGAUUUUCGGGAGACUGAAUUUUGAAGAGCUGGAUCACCGGUUAAAUUCGAUUGCGGGCCCGCACGAGGGUACGCUUGAGUGGGUGUUUGACGAUCAGCAUACGGAUGAGGGGGGCGUGCUGGAGUGGCUGGGGAAUCAGAGGGGAGAGCAUCUCUUUUGGAUUACGGGGAGACCGGGCGCGGGAAAGACAACGUUGAUGAGACACCUUUUCCAGAACGACCGCAUCUUUGAUUACCUGGAGGCGUGGUCCGGACACGCACCGGGGAUUACAUCUGGAUUCUUCUUCUGGAAUUGCGGGACUAAACUGCAGAAGUCUGGACUUGGAUUGUUGCGAUCGCUUCUGUACGAAUCGCUGCAAGACAUGAUCUACGGACCCUUGGAGGAGGAUAUGGGGAUAUUGCAACGCCUUUUUGCGGACAGAUGGGAGCAGUUCCGAUCCUACGGCGGUGGUCUCGACUCCUUAUCACACCCAGAAUUACGCCGUGCGUUCGAAGUCAUGAUCUCGGACGCAAGCAAAAAGUUCCUCUUCAUGGUCGACGGACUCGACGAGAUCGAUGAUGCAGGGGAUCUGGUAGAUGCAAUCCCCAUGCUCAUCAACGCCAGCAAGAAGGAAAACGUCAAGGUCCUCGUCUCAAGUCGGCCGUCACCGGCAUUCCAGGAAGCCUUCGACAAGCGCCCAAGGCUCUGGGUAGACGACCACACCACCAGCGACGUGCACGCGUACAUCCUGCACAGCUUCAGCCACGACGAGUCACUCCUGAAACUGCGCGGAAACGCCGUUGUACCCGAAGAGAUGAACGUCGUCACCCUGCUCUCCGAGACAUGCUGCGGCAUCUUCCUCUGGGGCAUGCUAGCCACCAAAUUCCUCCUCCAAGAACUCACGGGCAACGACAACUUCACCACGCUGCAGAACCGCGCCGAGAUGCUGCCGUCCGAUCUCGACGAACUGCUCUCACACAUCCUGUCCAACUUCGAGCCCAUCGACCUCGAGCAAGCGUGGAAGAUCAGCGUCCUGAUCGAGGCCCACGGCUACCCAUCCUUGCUCCCCCUAUCCUUCGCGCUCAGCAGCGACGAGAAGGCGAGCAUAUCCGCACACCGCCAGCCGCUGAAGACGGCCGAGAUUGCACAGCGGAUAGACGACAUGCAGCAGAUGCUCACAUACAAAUGCCGGAACCUCUUCGCCAUCUUCGACACGCAGCCACCCGAGCACCGAACGCCGUGCAUCGACACGCCAGAGGCCUCCAAGGUGACCUACGCACACCGCAGCAUCCGCGCCUUCUUCCUCAGCGCGCCCGCGACAAAGGGCAAGCUCACCGUCGCCGACCUGGACACGGCCUGCGCCUGGGCGGCAUCGCACCUUCUCACGCUGAAGACGCUGACUCCCCCGUCAACAAGCGGAACAAUGCGCGUCUGGCCGUCACUAGCGCCAUGCCUCGAAGCCGCGCUGCAGCUGCACGCGCGCGACAACACGCAGCACAUGGCGUACACAACAGCGGCGCUGGGGGCCGCGCUCGCGCACCACACACACGACCUCCCGUGCUUCCCCGGGCCGGAAGCGCGACUCGGCGCGCCGCUGGAUCUGGCUGUGUUUCUGAACCUGCAGGCGUACGUGGCCGUCACGGCGCCGACGCUGGACCGCAAGACGAUUCGCCGCGCGCUGGAUUUCAGUGCUGCGAUGCGGCGGCGGGUCGGUGUUGGGGGUGAGGCGGUGUGGUUGGGGAGCAAGACGAAGGGAGAGGGGAGGGGGUUGGAGAGGCUGCGGGCCGAGUAUGCGAAGAGCAGGGGUGAGAUGGAGGCCGUGUGCGAGUACUACGUGCAGGCUGUGCGGUGGGGGAAGAAGGCGCCGGUUUUCGAGGUGGGGGAGGUGGUGUGA